AUGUAUGCACUGUGCAGCUCUGAACAGAGAACACAUUCUUCCACAGAGCGGGUAUUUCACAUUUUCCCGAUCUUGAUUAUCAACGUGACUCCAGCGUCAAACAUCAUGGCGUCAAUCGGCAGCGAGUCUUGGAUCGGACCUGGCAACUAUGAAGAAGGUGGUCGAUUCCACACCAUAGUGGAGGAGCUGGUGAAGUCUGUGAAUUGGGACGCACUGCUCGUAAUUGCAUCAAGACUGCGCGAUGGCACAAGCUGCAAGCUCAGUGGGAAGUACUCUUGUGGUCACUUCAAUGUUGUCCGGAAACUCGAAUUCUCAGAUGGCGUGGAUUGGAUCGCGCGAGUGAGGCUGCCGUUACUGGAGGGCAUGUCGGAAGAGCGCGAAGCUCUUGGGGCAGAGAAGUCAAUGGAGGUGGAGAUCGCUACGAUGAAGUACCUGAAGAAGCGCACAAGCAUCCCAGUGCCCGAAGUCUACAGCCACAGUCUAAGCGCAGAAAGCGAGGUUGGGGCUCCUUUCAUGUUGAUGAGCUACAUUCACGGCAGCACAGCAGCGGAGCUUCGAGAUGCAAAAGGCUGCGAGUGGCCGUUGAUGGGCACUUCCGAGCAGACCGAGCGCUUCUGGCAGCGUAUGGCCGAGAUCCAAGUCGAGCUCGCAAGCUGUCACUUCUCCAGCAUCGGCAGCCUGCACCGGGAGGGUGAGGCCUUCUCCAUCGGUCCAGAGGUCAUCACUGGUAAAGGUCCAUGGAGCACCCCAGAUGAAUACUACCAAGACGUCGCAACGCACGCAGUUGAAUCAGCGAAGACAUCACCGAGUGCCUCCGAACUCCAACAACGAGAUUCGUUCAACCUGCCACGUCUCUUCCCAGAGCUGAUGAAGCUCCAAAGCAAGCCCAAUCAAAAGCACUUCCACCUCGUCAACCGCGACUUCGGCAUCCACAACGUGCUCGUGAACGACAACUUCGAGAUCGUCGGCGUGAUAGACCUCGACGGAGUGAUUGCCGCACCUAUCGAGAUGGUAGCUCAAUUCCCGGUUCUCUCGGGCCUACACCGGCCCAGUCCAGGGUUCGAGAAGUGGGAGAAGAGACCAGCGGCACUUUCGUGGAUGACAGAGGCAGCUUCGACCCUUGGGCGGUAUGUUGAGAGGAUCUUGCACGCUGCACAUCGUCAGGCUCCGGCAGUAGGGGAGGUCGCAGGAUGGAUGAUGUCAAACGCCGCGUAUAUUGUACAGGGGCUGGAAGCUUAUCAGCAGCAUAACGCGGAUAUCAACGAUAGGUGGAUGGGCGUAUUUGAGGGGCUUUUGGAAGAGGCAGUUCUUCAGGAGAACCACGCAAAUGUGAAAUAA